AUGGCUUCAUCUACACCUCCGAACCAACCGAGAAGCCCUCCCCACCCGCCUAACGCUGCUUCACCCGCGGGGUCAGCGUCGCCACUUGUCAGCGCGGCGUCUCCGGGCCAGGGUCCCCAUGUAUCACCGGGCUCUGUGACGUCCCAGGGCGCGAGUACGGCCGAGAUGCCGAUGGUUAUGACUACUGUGCCGCCGCCAGCGUAUAAGACGCUUUUCCAGCAUUUCACAUACGCGUGCCAGCCCUUCUGGUGUCAUCGUUUGACGGUGACGGUGCCGAAUGGGGUUGUCUACGAUGUGGGUGAUUUCCGGGUUCGAAUGGGUGAUGUGCGACAGACGGUUCCGAAUGUUCGGCCUCGCGGGACGAUUGUCGAGAUUGAGUGGCGGGGGCCGUCGGUUGUGGACUCGCUUUCUGGGAAUGGGAAUGGGGGUGGGCUGGGGGUUGGUGAGGAUGCGGACUCGGGCGUGGAUAUGUCGUUCUGUGCGCUUGAGGAGGCGGAUGUUGAUGCGGAGUAUGUGGCGACUGCGUUUUUGAUUCGGGAGUUUUGGGGCCGGCUGGGGAUUGCGGGGGCUAAGGAGGCGAUUUUGCUUCCUGGUGUUGGGAAGGAAGUUAAGGAGAAGCUUGUCAAGGCGAGGAAGGGGAAGGGGGAUGGUGCAUUGCAGGUGCAAGAUGAGGUUGGAAUCUUGGCUGGAGCGGGACUGGGGAGUGUCCCGUUUGAGGAUGAUAUUGAUGCUACGGCGGGGACGGAUACAGCUAGACAGUAUAUGGAGGUGUUGCGGUUUAAUCGAUAG